ACAGACGACGUGCAGGCGACGCAUGCCAAUGGCGGGAUCGACGACGACCGGCGCCGUGCAAACCAUGAGCGUCACCGCCGCGGCGACAGGAGUCUACGACUUUCGCUUCGACGGCUACUGCCUCACCGAGGAGUUCGCCGGCGCCACCGACUUCUACCAGUCCGAGGCCUUCUCCGUCGGCGGCCACUGCUGGGCCAUCCGCUACUACCCCAACCGCCAGUUCUCCUGGGUGUCCCUCUACCUCGUGCUCCUGAGCGAGCCGGCGGAUGAUGCUUCCGUGCUCGUUCACGUGCACGCCACGCUGGUUGACAUGUCCGGCCACCCUACAUCGCCCAGGCAUCAGGACAGCACGUCGCAGGCCUUCGACUCCGGCGCCGGGGAAGAGGCUGAGCUGCCGAUGGAAUUCUGGAAGAAAGCUGUGGCCAACGAUAAUGACUUCUUCGUCGUGCGGUGCACCGUGUCUGUUCUCAAGGAGCCAGUGUCCUUCGAGUAGGCUAGCACCAACCCUGCAGCGGUGGCCGGCCGACUGUUAGUAUCCAGUUGUUUCCUCUUAUCAUAUUGUCGUCGUAACAAAUUGAUGUGUUUGGAUGGAUCAGCUCCAGAUUUUUAAGAUAAACCAAUAGACAGACAUUGCACAACGAGACGGUUGAUGUCCAUGUUGAUGUUGCUGUUAAUUUUACUGGCUAGAAAGUGCUGCCUGCAAUAACAGAAGCAUUUGCGUUGUGACCGUUAACGCUAAGUCUGUGUACGUUAUUGCCAACAUUAUUUAUCAAAAUUUAGAAAAAAAUAUUGCAAGUUAGUU